AUGUCGGGAAUUUUGGCCGCAGCUAGAAGAGGACAUUUUCAGAAAGUAGGAAGGUUGAUUGAAAGUGGUGCUGACGUUAACAAAAAGGAUCUGUACGACAAGACAGUUCUUCAAUUCGCUGCUGAGUCCGGAUCACUGGAAACGGUCAGAUAUUUAGUUGAACAUGGUGCGAAUGUAAAUUCUAAAAACAGGUGGAAUGAAUCUGUUCUGAACUUCGCUGUUGAAUUUGGUUCUUUCGAAAUUGUUAAAUACUUAAUUGAAAGCGGUGCGAAUGUCGGUUCUAAAAACGAUAAAAAUGAAAGUGCUCUUCACCUUGCUGUUCAAUCUGGUUCCCUUGAAAUUAUCAAACAUUUAGUUCAACAAGGCGCGGACGUAAAUUGUAAAAAUGUGUGGAAUAAAACAGUUCUUGACUAUGCUGUGAUAACUCGUUCGUUAGAAAUUAUCGAGUAUUUAAUUCAACAUGGUGCUGAGGUGACACAUGGAGAUAAUCAUGGCGAGAAUACAGUUCUAUUUGCCGUUGAAUCUGGUUCUUUAGAAAUUCUCAUUUAUUCAAUUGAGGAUGGUGCGAAUGUGAAUUCUCGAAACGAUUGGAAUGAAAGUGCUCUUCACCUUGCCGUUCAAGCCGGUUCCCUUCAAAUGGUCAAAUAUUUAGUUGAACAAGAUGCUGAGGUAAAUUGUAAAAAUGUGUCAAAUGAAACAGUUCUUGACUAUGCUACGAUAACGCAUUCGCUAGAAAUUGUCGAGUAUUUAGUUCAACUUGAUGCUGAGGUAACAAAUGAAGAUAAUCUUGGGGAGUAUACAGUUCUAUUUGCAGCUGCAUCUGGUUCUUUAGAAAUUCUCAAGUAUUCAGUUGAGCAUGGUGCGAAUGUGAAUUCUCGAAACGAAAGAAAUGAAAGUGCUCUUCACCUUGCUGUUAAAGCUCGUUCCUUGGAAAUUGUCAAAUACUUAGUUGAACACGAUACUGAGGUAAAUUGUAAAAAUGUGCUGAACGAGACUGCUCUUCACUAUGGUGCCAUCAUUGGGUCAUUGGAAAUUGUCGAGUAUUUAGUAGCACACGGUGCUGAGGUAAGAAGUGAAGAUCAUUGUGGCGACCACACAGUUUUAUUUCUGGCUUGUAAACAGGGGAAUGGCUUAAUGGUUGACUAUCUUCUCCAACAUGGAGCUGUACACGACAUACAGAAGUGCGAUGUUAGAUUGCGUUCUCCUCUAAGAGUAGCAUGCGAGAAUGGCCACACAGGAGUAGUUAAAAUACUACUGAAGUUCAAAGUCGACUUACGAAUAGAGAAAAAAUUGUUUUUUGACAAUGAUGAAAUCAUGGAUAUUCUUAAGCUGGAAUUAGAAUCCAUUAAACUUCGGGAGAGUAUACAGAUUUUUAGCGCAACAGAUGAUGCAAAGGUAAUGGAUUAUCACCAUUUUGAAAUUGUAUUAUCGCCCUGGGCGAGGGUACCAAUUCCGCACGGCUAUUUACACUCGGGAAAAGGAAUGCUGCUAGCGGUUUCGGUGGGGGUAGUGGGCCCCUCAUCUCACUGAUCUCAAAAUACGGCGGACUGCCAGGAGCGGAAUGAGCCAACUGCUAAAAUGUCAGUUGAAAAAGAAUGAAAAUAUAUGGAAAAGUCGUUUCAUACAAUGAGCUGUAAAACGAGGUCUUAAAUUUUACUUCAAAGAAAUGAUAAGAAGAGAUAUAUGAUGGAAAAUGAUGAAAUAUAAAGCAAGUUUGUAUGUUGUUUUCGUUCAACAUCUACGUUGUUUUUGGUCUUCCACUUCCCUCCUAAAUUGCCCUAUUUUAUAUUAAAAAGGCCUAUAGAAUUUUAAAAACUCAGUUAUUUCCAAGAGCGAACUGUAUGAUUGGACUAAUUUCGUGGCAACUAAUAAAAAGACUAUGUUUUAAAUAGUUAAUCGGCAAAAACUAAAUGAAUUUCCAAAUUAAAUGAGCAUUUCUCGAAGGGUUCAAGGUUGAAUAUUACCUUAAAUUCAAGCUUAUAGAGUGAAAAAUAACACACCUAAUUAUAUAUUUUAGAAAUUGAUAGUUCAAUUUAGGUUAAUCUGCAGGUUAAGUUAAUAUGCAUUAAUAAAUUUUGCCGUUUUGCACGAAAAAUUAAAAACAAUGAUCGUUCAUUCGUAUUGCCAUUGCUAACAUGACGCGACCCUGCGUUCAUUGGUGGCGUAAUUUAGAACACUUCAUGUUAAAAAUCGUUUAGAAAAUGAUGGCGAGAGAUUUCUGCAUGUAUGUAUUUCUAACUAGUUUGAAUAGUAAUAUUUAUAGGUUAUUUUGAGGCUACGAGGGGAUAUGUGAUUUAGUCACCGAGGCGCGCAGCCCCAAGGUGAAUAAACACAUAUCCCCGAGGUGCCUCAAAAUAACUUAAUUAUUUUUCACAUUGAGAGGUCGCGUUAAUGAGUCAGAAUAGAAAUAAUUCUUAAUGCCAUAUUUCCUUCGUUAUGUUGUUUUUCUCAUUUUUUUGUGCUGCAAAGACAUAACAGGUGAAUAUUAGAGGGGAUUAUUAAACGGAAAUAGAUUAGAGGGGAAUAUUGAGCAUAUUCCCCGAUAAGAACAAAGGAAACGAGCAAGGCGAAAAAUAAGUGUAGUAGUAUAGGUACCGAUCGACCCGGAUUUUUGAGGAGGAGUGAAGAGGAGUGAGCAGAAGCGAGUAGGAGUGAGGAGGAGCGAGGAGGAGUGAGGAGGAGUGAGGAGGAGUGAGGAGGAGUGAGGAGGAGUGAGGAGGAGUGAGAAGGACUGAGGAGGAGUGAGGAGGAGUGAGGAGGAGCGAGGAGGAAUGAAGAGGAGUGAGGUGGAGUUAGGAGGAGUGAGGAAGAGUGAGGUGGAGUGAGGGGGAGGGAGGAGGAGUUAGGAGGUGUGAGGAAGAGUGAGGUGGAGUGAGGAGGAGUUAGGAGGCGUGAGGAGGAUUACAGCGAGGAAUCUAUUUGUCACAAAAAUCGAGACAUAUUUUAAAAAUAACUAAACAGUUGCUAAUCCCAGGUUAACUUGGUUGUCGACGUCGUUGUAAUGGUAAAUAUUUGCAUGUUGUUCGACAUUAUUUAGCAAACUUUUUACAUACACAUAUACUGUUAAGAUGACAGAGUCAGAUCAUAAGAAAAAUUAUCAAGAAUACUUGUAGGAAAAAAAUACUUUUAGAUCAGUUGUGAUACAUUUUGCCAUAAGAAAUAAAUAUGUUUUUAUCAAAUAUGCGUUCGUUAUAUACGUUUCUAUGUGUCGCCAGUCAUUAGCGACGCUUGGGUGCAUGCAUAUACCGCAUGGACAAAUCGCGCUGGCGGACGGGAAAAAUUGAGCUUUGCAAACAAAAGUUUGCACAAGAUUUCAGUUUUAAAAUACAUUUAUUUCUUUAAGUACUACAAAGCUAUUGAUUCUUGUCUGUAGAAAUUUAAUAUUAUCCACUUAAGAGUUCUGUCCCGUUUUUGUUUCUAACUUUAACCACUCCAUUGAGCCAUCAUUCGUUUCUGUAUUACCCACGUUCUUUGCAGAUUUUGUAUUUGAAUUUGUUCUCUUCCUGGAGGAUUUUGGUUGACGGAUAGAUAUAUUCUUUAUCCCGCUUUUAUUUUAUUUUUUGACUGCUUUUUACUGUUCCCAAUUAAUCUGUACAACUCUGUUAAAACAUUUUCUAAGUCUAAAGCUGUUGGCAUGGGACGAAUAAGAUAAGGUUGCCUCUCUUUGGACGAAAGUUCAUGGACGUCUGCCAAAUAGUUUGCCAAACUUUUAAAGCUACAAUCCUGGACAAAACACUGCAACACUUCGAAUUACUUGUCAAAAUGUCGUAAUAUUAUCGUAAAUUUAGAAAACCUCCCCCUUUCCCCCCACCAUUCAAUGUUGAUUGCAUUCGUAGAAUACGAAUAAAACGUCCAACAUUGUUUUUUUGGGGCGGGGCGGAUGAGGGCAAACGAGUAAAUUAUUCCGGUCUAAAAGGUAAAAAGAAGCCACAAAGGAAUGUUUUAAUAGAGUGUCGCAGAUGGUUUUGUCCAGGAUUGUAGCUUGCCGCAGAUGGGACAAUCUUUACACUUCCCAGGCGUAAUGUCAAAUGAUAAAUGUCAACUGAUUUCCUAACAUUAAAUGGUUGUAGCCCCAAAGGCCUUUUUGAAGGUUUGUCGGGACUUGGGGAUUGGGUUAGGCAAAUGGGUUAGGGGAUAAUAGCUACCACACAGGAUCGUAUUUUAUUUUUGUAAAUCAAACACAAACAACCAUUUUAAUAAUGGCAACUCAGACGCAGUGCUCUGACUAUUGAGUUACGGAGUCUAGUACCUACUAUGCUAGUGCCAACAGUUCUUGUAUCAGUGAGUAGCGCAAAGUUGAGCCACAAGUCAAGUUGAGAUCUAGUUACAUGUCAAGUUAUUGCAGUGCAUUAUCAAGUUGGAUCUUGUCGAUAGCUACACCCAGGUUGAGUCAAGUCCAUGGUUCCACUCAAGUCGAAUCAAUAGCAGAACUUGAAUUAAGUCAAGGAAUUUGACAGUACUCUCUAUAGUAACAGAAUGGUUCCAAGCUUACACUCUGUGAAAAUAUUAAUCAAUCAAAUUAGCAACAAAAUCUAAGCAGCUGGCUGGUACCAAUUCUGCCUUUCUACUCAAUUAGCAUAAGUUGCAACUGGUACCAGAAAUCAAAUGAUCAAUUGGUAUCCUGGCGAAUUAUUUUUCCAUUUUAAGUUUUUAGACCGAACACGCUCUUUCCUAUGGGUAAAAUCAUGUCGCGUUAGACAGAGUAAUUAUAAGUUAUCAGUAUUUUGAAAUAAUAUGAUGUGCUACCCUCUUUAAGAACAAGUUGCUUACUUAUUUGAUUUAACCUGAACAAGUUAUAGCUUGAAUUGAGACGAGUUCUUAAUGCCGUACAUUACGCGGAGUUAACAUUCAAGCGGAGUUAUUUGGAGGUGGUCAGUUGAGCCGUUUGUCAUACUGGACUUGAAUUGAUCGAGUCGCUAUAUAAAAAAGCAGUGACUGGACAAUGACUCGACUCAUUACAAAACAUAGUCAUGUUUAUGUGUAAAUAUUAGAUUUUGGACUCUGUAGCUGCAGUGGUCAGAGUACUGCACUGAAAUAUAUGACUACAUGACUACUAUGACUACAUUCCAAAUGGGUAUUUGGGCGUACCCCAAUAAGGAUGGUUGAGAGGUACCCCAAUGGGGGUGUUUAGAGGUACCUAAUGGGGGUGUUUUGGGGUACGUGAAUGGAAUAUUUGAUGGUACCCCAAUGGGGUUUCUAUGACUAUGUGACAAUGACUACAUGACUAUGACUGUAUGACUAUGGCUACAUGACAAUGACUGUAACUAUAUGACAAUGACUAUAUGACUAAUUUCUUCCCCCCUCUUCUCCGAUCCUUUUCACCUGCUUUUCCCCUUAUCUCAUCCACUUCCACCACUUCUCCUCCUCUUCUUCUUCUCCUUUUCCUCUUUUCCGCCUCUUGUCCUCCUUAUCCACCUCUUUUCGUACUCCUCUCUUGAUCGUCCUCUUCUUCCCCCUUUCUCCGCCUCCUCCGCACUCCUCCUUUCGUUUUCCUCGUCCUUCUCCCUCCUUUCCUCUUUGUUCCCUCCUUCUGCUCAUCCUCCUCUAUUCUCCUCUUCGCCUCUUCGUCUUCACACCCGCACCCAAAACAUCCCAUUGGGGUACCCCAAGAUACCCCAUUGGGGUACACCUAUCCCCCGAAACAUGCUAUUAAUUGCGCUUUCCUCAACCACUCCCAUUGGGGUACCCCCGAAACUCCAUUGCGGCAUGUAGUCAUAGUUCUGUAAUCAUAUAGUCAUACAGUCAUACAGUCAUAUAGUCGUGAUAAUAUUUAGCAAGUAUUCACCGAAGUGAUGUUCAACAGUACAAGAAUAUUCACCGAUAUUUACUGAGGUGAAUAGUUGUUUUCGCAUAUACGAUAACAAAACAAAAAUGACGAAAAAACAACGAAAUAUUUUUUAUACAAUUUGUAUUUCCGCUCUGAGCUCCCGUAAUAGUUGAAAACAAAACAGCUUUUACACGGUGUUAGCAAUAUUACUCAUUAGAAAAAGUUUUAAGAAUACAUGUAGACACUGUUUAACAAAACCUUGUUGCUUCCUUCCUGUUUGACAAAACCGCAGCUUUGUUUUCUACAAAACGUUACGUGUCUGUAACCGGAACGUAGCGGGAAGCCAUUGUGUUUUUGUCAGGAACCAAAUAGUGCAAGAAUAUCCGGAGCUGAGAAAUCAUUCAUAUUUUGUGAAAAGCACUAUCUACCGGGUGUCCCAAUUAAAACUGGACACUGUUUGAUUAUCAUGUAACGAAAAAGCUAUAAUAGCUAUCACAAUGAAAUAAAGAUUAUUGCAUUCAGAAAGAACUAACUUAGAUUUUCAUAUAUAACACUUGAAUUUUACAUAUCAUCUUAGGCCUAACCUAUGAAAAUACAACUUUGGGCUCUCUAGCAGGAAUAUAGAUCCGAAAUAGUAGACUAUUCUUUAUCGUGUCUCUGACAUUUGAGGUGAUAGUUUCAAGAUCAACAAACAUACUAUUGGAAAUACUCUUGUUAUCGUCAUGAUUUUAUUUCUUUUGAUAAAAGACAAGGCCAGCUGGGCCUAGUCUGCCAAGUGGGGAUUUGUAAAUGGCGAUCGAUGCGUUCAUUUAACACAAGGUUGACCACAUGACUAUGGUUAUGACUACAUUCAUGUUAGGAGACACCCCAAUGUGGGUGGUUGAGGAGAUCCCAAUGGAGUCUUUAUUGGGGGGAGGGCAUAUGCCCAUUGUGGUGUUUGAGGAUAUUCUAAUGGGGUAUUUGGGUUUGGUGCACGGGAUUGAAGAGUAGAAGAAGAAUAGAAAGACGAAGAGGAGAAGGAGAAGAAGUGGAGGAAGAGGAUUUUAAAGUCAUUUAUUUUUUAGACAAUUUUUCAUAACUUUUGAAUAAACAAAUUUAAUUAUAUUCUUGCAAAUCUACUGUUUUAUUGGGAAAAAACCCAGAAAAUUUGUUCUUGCUCAUUUUCAUAAUUUUUAAAACAAUUUUUCGCAACCGCCCGCAAGUUACUGAUCAGCGGCAACAACAUUCCCGCCUGUUCUUCGCUAAUGCUUUCCUUUUCCCGGGUGUAAAUAGCCGAUCGGAAUUAGUACACUCGCCCGCAAAUGGCACUUCUCGCCGUUGGCUUGGAUAUAAUCAUAAUCAUAAUCAUAUUGUAUUAAGUAAUUAGAAUUUUCAGAUUUUUUCUUAAUGUGCGCCAGUUAAACACUGCUGAAAAAGAAAUUCAGAUAAUUGAAUUCGUCAGAUUAUUUCUGUUUGUAUUUUUUCUGUACACAAGAUCUUUGCACUUUUAAUAUUAACCUUCUGUAUAUUUCUAGGGACCAAACUUUGUGGCUUUGUAUAGUUUUGAAGGACAAGACAGUAACGAUCUCAGUUUUGAAGAGGUGUGUGCUAUGCAUUCAUUACACUGUGUAUAUGAAUGUAUAAUAUUAAUUGUGUAUGAUAUAUUUAAGUAUAGGUAAUAGGAUAGUUUCGAUUGCUAUGGACCUUUCACUUUAUAGCAAAUUGGGCCUCAAAGCAUGAUGGUAGUUGGGUAUAUUUUAUUCUUGUUGUAAUGGCGGCCAUGAGGCGACCAUUCUACGGAGUGGCAGAAUCAUAGAUAUAGGAGAUCUAGAUUGCUAACGCAUACCUAGCGCAGGCGGGGCCUACAUGAUAAAUCCAAGAUGGCGGUAAAACAGGGCAACAAGACUAUAGAUUAUAUUACGAAAAUCAGGAUUUUUGCAUUUUUUUGCCGUCGCAUUGUUUCGAAACUUAUUCGGUCAAAUUUUAUAGUAAAGAGAAACUUACCGCGAAGAUUUUGAGCAUAUAUAUGAUUGAAUUGGAUGAAAACUCGCAAAAUUAUCCAGCGAUAAAAGUUCGUGUGAAAUGGUCAGUUGGAGCGUUUUAUUGCCAGAAAUACUGUGAUAUGUUAACAUCUAGCCUUGUGAAUGGUGUUUUAUACUUGCAUCUCUCAUCAUCAUCUGCUCUGUCCUCAUAAUUAUGAAAAAUGAACUGUUAUGUACCCCCCCCCCCUUGCUUGUUAGAGAAGUAAACUGAUGAGAGCACUGGAUGAGGGUCUAUCAUCUAUGGUCUGAUAUAUUUUGCUUUUUAUGCAAAUAGUGAGCAAAAAUUAAAGCAAAACUGUACAAGUUACUUAUAUAGUACUAUAUCAGUACUAUACACGAACUUUUAUCGCUACAUAAUUUUGCGAGUUUUCAUCCAAUUCAAUCACAUAUAUGCUCACAAUCUUCGCGGUAAGUUUCUCUUUACUAUAAAAUUUGACCGAAUAAGUUUCGAAACAAUGCGACGGCAAAAAAAAUGCAAAAAUCCUGAUUUUCGUAAUAGAAUCUAUAGUCUUGUUGCCCUGUUGUACCGCCAUCUUGGAUUUAUCAUGUAGGCCCCGCCUGCGCUAGGCAUGCGUUAGCAAUCUAGAUCUCCUAUAUCUAUGGGCAGAAUUCACUAAUUUUCACUUGUUUACCUAUUGCAAAUCGUAGUUUGAACAACGUAAUUUCGACGUCAAAUGCCUAGCACUGAUAUUUCACAAGAAAAUGACCAUGCAAUACUCAUAGUUAAUCGUCAAUUUGUGGUUUGCAACUUCAUAUAAACAGCCGUGGACCUACAUUACAUUUUUCCCUAAAUCUUUUUGAUAGAAACGUAAUUUGUACUUAUUUAAGUAUUUUAUCACUAUCUUGGUGUAAAUAGCUAAUAUUUUGUGACCGAAAUAAUAAUUUGAGAUGUGCCUACCUCCUGGAAAUGGACGUAUUUGGCCUAAUUCUCCAAUUUACUCCGCUGUUUAUCGCCGAUCUCGUUGAAAUCCUUCCAAAUGUGCAAUUCAGCUCAAACAUAAUGGUAUCAAGCAAGUCUUAACUGGGUUUCAAGUAGCCUACGAUGUAGGCCCCAGCAGAAACACGUUUCGCGAGGGGUCUACGAAUAAACGAAGUAAAGCUUGCCCGGGCUACGUCAUAUCCGAUUUACGUUUUGGGUAAAUUAACUUUAAUUUAUUCAAGACGACCUUUUCCUCUCCGUUUUACCUGCAAAUAGCAUUUGUAAAGCCUGUCUGGCGUUGGUAAACAAACGGAGAAUCUUCAAAGACCGGUUAUGUGAGUUAGACAAUACUUUAGAUUUAGAUUAGAUUAAUAGUUUUAUUUACCCACAAAUAAUAUUUACAAGUUGAAUAUUUAAGAUAGAAUAUAAACGGACUAGAGACCUCUGGAAAUCCUGUUGGACUUUUGAGAUGAGGCCUCUAUAGUUUUAGUGUUGAGUAAUAUAAAAAUAGAUUAUGUACAUAAGGACAAUUUGCAAUGAAACACACAAACUAUUUACAAACAAAUAUGGAAAAUGUUUAAGGAAUAUUUAGUACAUUACAGAAUACUGUCAUUAAUAUUCCUGAAAUAUUUACAUCAACUAGACAUCAAGUGAUAGGAUUUUGCAGUUUUCUUAAAAGAAAAAUUGGAUUUAAUAUUUUUAAUAUAUUUCUUCAUUAAGGCAAUUCCAUAUAGAAACUCCUUUGUUAAAUAUAGUGUAUUUGCGAUAGUUUGUUCUCUUAUAGCUCACAUGUAACUUGGUAGAAUUUCGCGUAUUAUAGUUGUGUAGUUCAAUCGUUAUUUUGUUUGAAGUAAUCAUUAUAGAAGUCCGGCAAAUUUUGACAAUAUUUGAAGCGAUACAUGAAUAAGCUGCAUAGAUCGAUAAUCAUUAAUUUUAUAGAUAUCCAAGAUUUUCAAUUGUAAAAAUAUUGGUUCAGAAUGAUCCAUAUAAGAUUUAAAACAGAUUAGUCGUACAAUUUUCUUUUGGACAAAAUACAAACCAAUAGAUACUCCGAAAAUUGAAAGCAUUUUGAAAAAUUUAUUUCGACGUUUCGACUAAACUAUAGUCAUCAUCAGGAAAUGAAUAAUGAUGAUAUUACAUAUGUACAAGUAUAUAUAGUGAAGUAAGAAGAUAUGAUUAGUUAAAUAUUAAUAGAUCUAUAGAGGCUUUAGUUCCAUGGUUUAGAGACGGUUUCAUUGUAUUAAUAGCAAUAGACUUUUGAUAAAGUGUCAACGACCAGUGAUUGGAUUUAUCUAUCAUCUUAGUGUUAGUAAAUAUUAAAUCUGUUACUGAACAUUUAAUGUUAUUCUGUUAUUAACUUCGUCAUUAGGUGUUAGUUCGAGUAGGUUUUUUACAAAAUCGAAUUCAUUACAGUUAGUAAUAUGGUAACUGUAAUGAAUUCUGUACCAUAUUACUAACUGUAAUGAAUUCGAUUUUGUAAAAACCUACUCGAACUAACACCUAAUGAAGAAGUUAAUAACAGUUAAUAACAUUAAAUGUUCAGUAACAGAUUUAAUAUAUUUACUAACACUAAGAGAUAAAUCCAAUCACUGGUCGUUGAUACUGUAUCAAGAGUCUAUUGCUAUUAAUACAAUGAAACCGUCCCUAAACCAUGGAACUAAAGCCUCAAAAGAUCUAUAAAUAUUUAACUAAUCGUAUCUUGUUACUUCACUAUAUAUACUUGUACAUAUGUAAUAUCAUCAUCAUUUAUUUCCUGAUGACGACUAUAGUUUAGUCGAAACGUCGAAAUAAAUUUUUCAAAAUGCUUUCAAUUUUCGGAGUAUCUAUUGUUUUCUAUUUUAUCAAAAUACUCAGUGGUUCCCGUAAUUUCUUUUGCACAUUUAGUAACUUUUGUAACCUUGUUGGGUAUGUACUUCCCCAAACUAGAUUUCCGUACGUGAGGUAUGGAUAUAGACCAAUGCAUAAUAAAUCAAUUUCGAAGUGUUUUUGUUCGUAAAAUAUCUUAGUUUAGCAAUCAGACCAGCAGAUUUAAUUCUGUUUUUCAGAACGGAGCUGAUGUGGUUCUUCCAUGUCAACUCUUGAUCAAUUAA